GUGAGAACAUCUGGAAAUCAAAUGUCAUGGUGCCAUGGUGAUGGCGUUUAGAACCGGUCGCCAUCCAUGGAGCGGGGAUUCACUACCUAUGAUCUCACGGUUGCCGCUCUGGGAGGUGCCGGGGAAUUCCUGGCGUACUACUCGAGGUUGGGGCCUUUGGUACCCACCCUUGUUCCUUGCUGGGAGUCCCAGUCCCUCGGGUACUUCUAUGAUCAGUAUGUCCUUCACGCCCAAAGGUCUCCUUGUGAAGGUCACCUUGCAUUUCUUCCAGACUUGUUCCGUGAGAAAGGCGAUGACCCUUGCUUGAAGCAUGCCGUGCUUAGCGUGUCCUAUCUUUCCUUGCACAACGUCUCCAGACGUGGAGAGCUGCAUGCCAAUGCUCGACGGCACUAUGGACUGGCUUUAAACUCACUGAGCACUGCACUCAGCAUUGAAGGGGCUUAUUUGAAGGAUGAAGUGUUCGCAGCGGCACUUUUCUUGAGUAUGUUUCUUGACAUAAGUGGUGAUCACAGCGACGUCGCAAACCCUCACAUACCAGGCAUCUACUCCCUCAUGCAGCUGCGCGGGAGGCCUCCUCGGAGUAGCAAAUAUGGCCGAGUCCUCUUUGGCUGGGCUUUCACCCAGACCCAAAUCCAAGCCAUAGCCAACAACCAAUACCAGUAUGCCUCUCUGCCCUCGUCGAUCAAUAUGAUCUACGAGCCGGACUUCAUCUAUCGUUCAGGAAUCAUCACGGGAAAGAUAUCUGAGUUCUGUAAUUCCGUCCAACGAGCACGAGAAACCUUGGCUCACAGCUCGAAACCUGCCAAAUCAUUCCGCUCAAUUCUGUGGCGCGCCCGCUGCGUCCUCGACGAGAUCGACACCUGGAACGAACGAAUCCCCAGCCAUUGGAAACGCCAAUACCUCGACACAACUCUCGAGGACAGUCCUCCCGAGGAGCCACAGACCCCUCGCGACCCCUGGACGACUUGCUUCCUCGCCGUCGUGCAAGCCACCCAGAUCGUCUUCUACCUUCAGGUCAUAGCAUGCUGCGACGCGCUCGACGAUCUGGAAGACACAAAAACGCCUGAAACCUCACCACACCCUCCCCGACACGACCCGUACGGUAGCGACGACGACUCAUCCGAUGAAGGCCCACAUAGUCCCACAUCUCUCUACGACAUCGACUUCGAAGAUCGCAUCGAGGACCUGACGGAUCUGAUCUGUUUCACCGUAACUACAAUCCUCGGCCGAAUCAACGAAGCCACGGGCGCGUUCCAACUCCACGCGCAUAGCAAGCUGGGUAAUAGCUCGACAUUAUUGUGGCCAAUGUGGCUGGUGGCCAAUUCAUCUUUUUCCACAGCAGAGCAGGUCUCUCUGUGUCGAAAGGGGUUGGAGUGCAUUGGGUCGACCAUGGGGUACCGCCUCGCGUCCGUGCUAAGUAGGAAUGCAUGCCCACUUUCGCCGAUUGGAAUGCCUCCACAGAGCGCGAGCUUGCUUUGUUUACCGAGCCAGUGAUCCACGCAAUAUCUGAGACUCUGGCCACCAUGUAUAUACACUAAUGUUACGACACGCGCUAUGAGCCAUGGAACAUGAACACUUUCUCUAAUGCAA